AUUGAAUAAUUGGCUAACGUUUUUUGCUAGUGAGCUGAAAUGUGGUGAUCUGUCAAGUGUUGCACCUUUCAGUCUUAUGGGAUAGUUGUAAUGAUCAAAUCGAACUAAAAUCCCUCUUCCAACUACAAGUGCGGUCAAGUGGUCAGUACUUCUGAUGAUGCCGUGCACUGUGUCCCAACUGCUGUCUGCCAAGGCUGUCGGGGAAGUCUUCAGAGUUGGUGAUAUUGAGGUCAACCAGGUAUCUGUGGUGGGUAUUGUCAGGAGAACGGUUCCCUCAGUAAACAAUGUCUUGUACUCCGUUGACGACAUGACUGGACCACCAUUAGGCGUGAAGCUCUGGGUGGACACUGCAGAUCCUGGUGUGGACAGUACUUUUGUGUCCCCAGGGACUUAUGUCAAGGUCUCUGGAAGCCUGCGUAUCAUUCAGGGCCGAAGAUCAUUGGUGGCUUUCAACCUCUGUUGCCUUGAGGACCUGAAUGAGAUCACCUCUCACAUGCUGGAGGUAGUGCAGGCCCACAUGCAGCACAACAGGAACCUUUGUGGUGGUGGUAAUCCUGGAGAUGGAGACGCAUCAACCUACGGGCUGAGUGCCAGUCAGAGCCAGGGCAGGGAAACCUCCCCCUGGACUCCAUCUAGAUGUGGUGAAGGGAGACAAGCUAGUAGAGAAGCUAAUCAUUGAUGAAAAGAAAUACUACCUGUUUGGGCGGAACCCAGACUUGUGUGACUUCACCAUAGACCACCAGUCGUGUUCUCGUAUCCACUCAGCCCUGGUCUACCACAGACACCUCAAGAGGGUUUUCCUGAUCGACCUCAACAGCACACAUGGUACAUUCCUAGGUCGUAUCCGUCUGGAGCCCCACAAGCCCCAGCAGGUGCCCAUCGACUCCACCAUGUCGUUCGGGGCGUCCACACGGGUCUACACCCUGAGAGAGAAGCCCCAGACCCAGACUAACACCAUACCUGGAGGGGAGGUGAAGGCAGGGGAGGACGAGGAGCUCAAAGGACUGCUGGGUCUACCUGAGGAGGAGACUGAGCUGGAGAACCUGACAGAGUUCAACACGGCCCACAACAAGCGUAUCUCCACCCUGACCAUUGAGGAUGGCAAUCUGGACAUUGUGAGGCCCAAGAGGAAGAGGAGGAGUAGCAGGGUCUCCUUCAGUGAGGAGGAGGUCAUCAUCAACCCAGAGGACGUCGACCCAUCAGUAGGGCGCUUCAGGAACAUGGUACAGACUGCUGUUGUCCCGAUCAAGAAGAGGAAGAUGGAGGGUCACGCUACACUAGGUCUGGAGGACUCUGUGGCCAGACGCAUGCAGAACUUCCCCUUCAGUGGAGGGCUCUAUGGAGACCUCCCACCCACCAUUGGAGAGGCCGGCUCCCUCCCCGCCAUGGCCCAGGGUGGAGCUACUAUCCUGGGGGGCCUGCCGCUAGUCUUCCCUAACCCUGCUCCCGAGGUGGACCUCUCCCCCACCUCAGCCUCAGCACAGCCCUUCGUCACCCCCAGCCCUGCUGUUAUCCUGGCCCCCGGACCCUACACCACCGAGGCUCUCAACGAACCACGCAAGAAGAAAUACGCCAAGGAGGCGUGGCCAGGGAAGAAGCCCACCCCUUCUCUUCUAAUAUAGGUCAUUUUCAAAAUGGCAACCUAUUUCCCUUAGUGCACUACUGGCCAAAGGUAAUGCACUAUAUAGGGUACCAUUUCAAAUUUGCACAUAGCACCUCCCUGGACAAUAUAAUGGGAGGGGUUAGUAUUAGUUAGGAGAGUGGUCACGUCUCUGGACAACCAAUCAAUCAAGACUUCCUGUACUGUACAAGCUGUGACAAAGGGAUAUAGGGAUCCCUGAUAUAGGGAAAUGUUUGUGAGAAUAAUAUAUUAUUUUGGUUUGGAUGUUUGUUUUUGUCUGCUUCAUACGUAUAUUGUUAUAUUUUUAUUGCUCAACUCACUUAAACUGACAAAGUAAUGUCUGACUGACCUCAGAUUAGCGUAUUGUAACUAACACAGAUUGGUCCAUUGUUUUACAGCUUUAUUUAUUCAUUAUUUUAAACAAAAUGAAACAUUGCUCUGUUGCAGAAAAAUAUCUUAUAAACUCGCUAUUCACUCUCUGACUGUUUGAUUCACAGUAUGAUUUUGCCUUUGUGGAUAUUUUUAGUGCCGUUGGUUUCACUGAAAACCAUGAUUCUGUCAAUACAGAGGGUAACAUUAACCAGACAAGGCCUGCUAGAUGUUUUAAUAAUCCACUCAGACAAGGCUAUGAACUGUGGGUACAGAUUGGCUUUAAAGAAACGAUGAAGAAACAGCAGUUUUUGUGUGUGAGACAGUUGUAUUAUAAUUUUUUGCUAUUUUUAUAUGAGAAUUGGGGGGUUGGUUGAAAUGGAACCCAUUAUUGUCAGAUAUGUAUGAAAUUCAGUUUAGAAAAUAAAUAAAGUUUAAACAAAGUGACAUGCAGGUUAUUAGAAUUAAUAUCUUUGAUAUUUGUAUAAUAAACAGUAAUAAUCCAUACUCUUCUCUCUCCACUGUGUGAGAUGAUGGUGGGAGAGGAGGAUUCGUUUUGUCCCUAGAGAAAUCUCCCACUGGGUCUCUGCUGUUGCUUUCAUGUCGCCAGUUUUGCCUUGUUACUUUACAUGAUGCCAUCUACUGAGGAAGCUCCUGGGAUGGCUAAUUAAGGGAUUGUUCAGCUAAAUGAAUGUGAUUGUCUGUUCUGGGAACAUGUCAAAUGUGUCCGUUACUUCCUCAAGGUGAUGAGUUUGACGUAGGUCUCAUCUAAUUUAAACCUCAAAUUUCAUCCAUUGUUUUUUGUUUGAGUAUUACUUGUGGGUUUGUUAAAGCAAACAUCGUUUGAAAAGGAAUUUGUCCUCAAAACCAUUCUGAGGUUUUAUAGGAGUAAAAUUAAGAAAUAAAUUGUUGUAAUCCCA